AAUAUUGGCCCAUCCCAUUGAUACUACUACAAAUAAUAUAAGCCGUUAGAUUUAGGUCAUCCCACAAACCCUGACCGUUCAUCCUUCCGUCUUCCGAUAACUAUAUAAACCCAAGAAACUUCUUCUUCAACCUUAAGCAAAUUCUUACGCAGCUUUUUUUCUUUCUCUCUUCCUUCCUCUGUUAAAAACAGUUACAGAGGUUAAAGAGACAGCGCCAAUUCGCGCUGUCCACCUUGUACGAGCUCCAAGCUUCGUCUAGGCCCUCCAUUUUCUCUACCCCAAAAUUUAGUUUCUUUAGUCUCACUUUAUCAUUUUUAAGUGGAAAUGGCGGUGAAAGCAACAAAGGCGGAGAAGAAGAUCGUUUACGAUUCAAAGCUUUGUCAGCUUUUGAAUGAGUACUCUCAGAUUCUUGUCGUUGCAGCUGACAAUGUUGGAUCAACUCAGCUUCAGAACAUAAGGAAAGGUUUACGAGGUGAUUCAGUUGUUUUGAUGGGGAAGAACACAAUGAUGAAGAGAUCUGUGAGGAUUCAUGCUGAUAAAACUGGCAAUCAAGCUUUCCUCAGUCUCCUUCCUCUUCUUCAGGGGAAUGUUGGGUUGAUCUUCACUAAGGGUGACUUGAAGGAAGUCAGUGAAGAGGUUGCUAAGUACAAGGUUGGAGCUCCUGCUCGUGUAGGUUUAGUCGCUCCAAUUGAUGUGGUCGUGCAACCAGGCAACACUGGUCUUGACCCUUCACAGACCUCCUUCUUCCAGGUGCUUAACAUUCCAACCAAAAUCAACAAAGGUACGGUUGAGAUCAUAACCCCUGUGGAGCUCAUCAAGAAAGGCGACAAAGUCGGUUCAUCCGAGGCUGCGCUUCUUGCCAAGCUUGGAAUCAGGCCCUUUUCGUAUGGUCUCGUUGUUGAGUCAGUCUACGAUAAUGGGUCAGUGUUUAACCCUGAAGUGCUUAACCUCACUGAAGACGACCUUGUUGAGAAGUUUGCAGCUGGUGUCUCGAUGAUCACUGCGCUUUCUCUUGCAAUCUCUUACCCAACCGUAGCAGCUGCGCCUCACAUGUUCCUCAAUGCUUACAAGAACGUUCUUGCUGUUGCCUUAGCUACUGAGUACUCUUUCCCUCAGGCUGAGAAUGUGAAGGAGUUCCUAAAGGAUCCAACCAAGUUUGCAGUUGCAGUGGCUGCACCGGUUUCAGGAGAGUCUGGUGGAGCAGUGGUGGCAGUAGCUGUUGAGGAAGAAGCUGCAGAAGAGUCUGAUGGGGACAUGGGAUUUGAUCUGUUCGGUUAAAAUACACCGUCUUAUCUUUUGCCAGCCUUUCCUAUUUAUUUUAUGGACCUUUAAAACUUUCACGUUCAGAAUUUCUUUGUUACGUUUAUGGAUAUUUUGUUUCUUCAUCAAAACUACCUUUCUGGUUUUAAUUUCUCUCCGUUGAGGAAUUUUCUGAACCCAAUUAUAUUGGUUAACAAUGUCAUUGUCUGAUUCUGUC